AUGGUUCGCGUCACCGACGACCUGGCGCUUUCGCCCGAGAGCGUCGUCCUCUACCACGCCUCGGACCCGCUGCUCGGCCACCUUCCCGUCCUCGUCUUCCACGGGCCCUCGACGACGGCCAACUACACGCACAACAGCUCCCGCGUCCAGCUCCACGUCCUCUCGCCCGCCGGUUUCCAGUCCUUCCCGCGCGUCACCAUCUCGCCCAACUCGCCCUUCUACACCGUCGUCAACCACCUUCCGCGCGAGUUCCAGGGCGAUGAGGUCUACCGCGGCCUCGCGUUUGGCCUCUUCAAGUACUUCAGCGAGCUCUCCGACGGCGUCAAGACAUACCUGCGCAAUGCGUAUCCCACGAGGGGCAAACGGCCCGGCAGCGCGCCUGGGCUCUUUGGCGAGCAGCACGCUGCCGACUUGGUCGCCACCAUGACCAAGAGCGAGAAUGCGGCCCUCGUCAUCACCGCGCUCAACGAGGCGCUCCAGACACAGCACGUGAGCCAUGUCGACGUCGACGUCGUGCUCCCGCCCGGCGCCAUAGUGCCGCUUCAACCUGGCGACUACGAAGACGUACCCGAUGACGAGGACGACAUACUCGACCCGACAUUGCGCCAAUACGGCGGCUACACCCCGCUCGUGAAGCUUCUCGGCGAACCGGUGUUUUUGCCCACAAGCAGACUGCGCCGUGCGCCAUCGAAACCAACGGCCCUCAACCGGAGCAAGUCCUUCACCAAGGAUCAAAAGUUUGAGCUGAGGAUGAAGCUGGCGGAGCUCGUCGACACGGAGGAGCGCUACGUCAUGAAGCUCGGUGAGCUGGUGCACCACAUCGCCCGUGACUUUCGAGAAUCAGCCAAGAAACGGUCACCGGAGAGUUUAAGCCCGUCCGAGGAGGAACUCGAGAGGCUGUUCCCACCCUCCGCGGACAGCAUCCUGCAGGUCAACUCCGAGUUUGUGCAACAGCUUCGGAAGAUCAUGGACGAGACGGAGGAGGAGGCAGUCAAAGACAUGGAGUCGACAACGGUCAACCUCCUAGGCUCUAAGCUUGGAAGCUCGCCGCGGAUACGCGACCCGAGUGGCGCCCUCGCCAUGGCCCGCUUGUUCUUGGAGUGGUUUCCGAAAUUCACGGAGUGCUACCAAAACUACAUCAAAGCGAGCCAGCACUUCCCGACCCUGCUCAACUCGUUCCUCGACCAGCAGUCUAGCUUCAGGCAGCGCGUUCACCGAACUGGGGAACAGGCGGUCCGCUCCAUCCUCAUCGAGCCGGUACAGCGACUGCCCCGGUACAGCCUCCUCAUCGACCAGAUCGUCAGCUCCCUCCCCAUGACACAUCCGGCCCUGCAGCCCAUGCUGAAGGCUCGGGACAUCAUCACCAACAUCUGUUCCAUGGACGAACCGUUGCCGGACAAGCCUCAUGUUGCCAACCGACUUCGAAAUAUGGUUGAAGCUUGGCCAAUGGAGUUUGAGCCGCAAGGCCGUCUCGUCCUAGCAGCCGACUUCCUCGAGCUGACUCCACCAUUCCAGGCGCCCGCGAGCGAAGUAGACGCAGCGGGCAUGUUCUUGUUGUUUUCAGACUGCAUCGUUGUGCUCAAAAAGACGGGGGCCACCAUGACUGGGCGAGAUCUAUUGCGGGAGAUUGACAAGCCGUCGGCAGCAGAACUGCUGAUCUCGAUGACCAACGCAGCCGGCGGGCCAACUUCUUACGAGUUUGCGUUCACGGGCUGGCACAACCUAGCCGAUGUGCGGUUUACCGAGUCGUCUGAUGGUGCACUCGUGUGGAUGACGUCGACGCAGGACAUGAAGGGCGCGCAUACCGGCGAGCACAAAGUGAGCAAGUCGCCCACAUCUCGCUGCUUCAUGCUUCAAGAGGCGUUUGAGGGCAAAGCCGCAAAGUGGGCAGAGGAUGUCGUCAAAGCCCGAGUGGAGGCGCGCUUCUCCGAGUCAGAGCGCGAGAAUCCCAUUUGGACGCUUCGAUCAGUUCGCAUGCAGGACAGUAGUUUCGGACUACACGCUGCUGUGUUCCAAGAAGGAGCGCACCAGCUCAUCGAGGGUCGACGCGAGCCCGCACCGAUUAGGAUUGUAGUCGACCAUGAGAAGGGCACCAAGGGGGCCCCAGUCGGGCACUACGGCGUCGAAAUCGUUGUGAACGUGUCGAGCGGCAACAUGAAGCGCGUGUCGAUACUCACCGUGGGACUGAACGGCAAGCAAUACCAAGACGACGUGGCGCUGGAGGACUUUUUGCCGACCAUGUCGCGCCGGAUUAUUCAACUCCUCAGUACGCAGUUCGACCUCGCCAACAUGAACCUCACAGCUGCGCUAGUCUCAUACUACACCAAGACCAUCCGCGGACUGAGUUUGUCCAACCGAGUGGAAAAGACGCGGUCAUUCCUCGCCGCGUCGCCCGUCAAGCUCCUAUCGAACCUUUGGGGAGGAGGAGGCUCCAACAGCAACGCGCCGGAAGUGACUGUGACGAAUAACAAGCACCAGCACACGCCGUCGCUACACCGCACCGAGAGCCACCACUCGAUGUUUGGGUCUAUCAGGGGCAAGGAUGAGCGCCCGGCGACGGCCGAUGGUCGUCCGGAGAACCCUCUGAUGAGGCUCGAGCAGACAUUUACGGGAUACAUUGCGGCCCUUCAGGGGCGCAAGGGCUCUAUAAUCGGGCGCACGUUGCUGAACAGGUCUCUCGUGGACGAGCUCACGGUCAACGACCUGUACAACCGGCUCAUCGAAAGCCCUUUCGACUACGAGGCAGGAAGCGACCUGGGUACCGAAGUCAUAUUUGUUGCGUUUGAAAACUUCCUCAGGAUGGCCUGGACGGAUCAGAUGGGCCCGGUCAUGACGAUGCAGGCACUCGAUACUCUCCAAGAGCGGGCGAACAAGAGGGUCCCCGGUAACUUUGCGGAUUUCGUUAAUUAUCUGUUCAAGGAGAUGGCGCCGCAGAACCGGAGGGCGUUCACGGCGCUCAUCAAGCUUCUGGCGGACCUGCUCGACGGGUGCGGCAACGACAGCGACCGCGGCGCGCUGACGCUUGCGUUUGCCGAGCUGCUGGUCACGGACGGCUCGGCGCCCAACUACAUCAACCUGCUCGACCGCCUGGUGGAAGACUGCGACAGGAUCUUUGAGGAUCCAUGGAUGCAGCACACCCUCAACUUUACUGGAUCCGGGACCGGUUCUAUCAGCUCGGGCACACGCCCCAGAGCACAUACUGCCUCCAUCACGUCCAAUACGUCGUCGCUUCGCCGCAAGUUUGGUCUUGAUAUGCUCCUGAGACAGAAUCAAAAGGAGGAGAGACCAUCCGUGUGGCGUACCCUCAGCAAGCACCGGAAUCCCGCUACCGGCGAGACCUCGAGCUUGUCACGCGGGGUCAUGAGCCGCACACGGUCGAUCGACGACAGCACAAUACCGAGGGGACUGCUCAAGCGUCCCGGGUCGCGCGACCGACCUCCAAUUGCUGGAGCCUUUGACGAGGCACCACAGCGGCCGGCGAGCUCGCAUCGACUCGACUUCCCGCUCGACACCAUCGGAGAGCCGCCAGAUGACCCGGUAGGGUCGAAGCGCGGCAAGAAGAAGCGCCGUAGCUCUCUGUCCGACUUGAAGAGCUUGAUGGCCUCUGCUACUAUCGACGACGAGCCGCUGCAGCCGCUUCAGACGACUAGGGAGACGUCUGGCAAAAUGAACGCGACGACGCCGGUGACGAGUCCUAAGAGCGCGGCACCUUCGAGAAUACCCGUGAGCCCUAACGUGGCACAUGUUCUGAAGAGUCCGCGGUCAAAGGAAAACUACGCAGACCCCUUUGCCAGCACGCCUUUGAUUGUAGGGCCGCCGCUGGUGCGACCUGAGGUGGCGACCAAGAUUGAGCCGCUAGCAAAGAUACCAGCUCCCACGAGGCCACAGGAUUCGCCGAUUAAGCGUCGGGGUCACGCGAAGACGCUGUCGUCGACGAGCAUACCCAUACUCAAGCCAGCGCGACCUGCCACGUCUGGAGGAGACUCCCCCACUCGGCCGUCUAGCCCGACCAGAACCGCGACUAUGAAAUUGCGAUUACAGUCGCCGCAGAGGCUGCGCGAGCGCUUGCAGACGGAGAAGAAGGCAGUAGGAGACGCGGACGCAUCUUUGCAGUCUGAACUGUCCCGAAUCGGUGCCGAGAUGGCACGUUUCAACACCGGCGACAGCAGCAACCAGGCAGCGGACGUUCGACGACUGGGCGCGUCGGUCAAGGCGCUCGAGGACAGAAUUCCCACGGUGGUGCGCGAGCUCACGGACAAGCAGGCCGCGAUGCAGCGCGCCAUGGAGACGACGGUCAAGGCGACUGAAGUGAAGAUGCGAGCGGUGGACCAGCUGCACAAGGAAGCGGUGGCGGAGAAUGAACUGCUGUACGAGCGCUUCAACGGCGAGCUCGCCAAGAUUGUCAAGGCGCUCAAGGGCAAGGGCAAGGACGACAAGGAGGAGCUCGUGGUACGGCUCAAGGAGCAGAGCGAGGAGACGGCGCGGCUCAAGAAGGAAAACGCGCGGCUCAAGCGCGACAUGGCGAGCCUGCGGGCGGCGCUCAAGAGCCUGGAGUGA